CGACUACUCGUCUGCUUACCUCUGUAACCGACGCGCUCGACCCAACCAUCAUCCGCAUCUUGCGAACGCAUCGACAAGCAAAGCAAACAUCCUAUCCACCGACUGAACCGAGCCGUCUAAGCCGCAACCGCACGCCGCGUUCGGCCCAAACGGGCAACAUGGCUCCUUCUCGAACCCGCGAUGUCGAUUCGGACGGGCCUUCGACGGCUGACGUCUCCGCCAAUGAAGACGUAGAGAUGAAGGACGCCGACGAGCGCGUGGAUGGCUUCAACAAGUUCGGUUACUACCAAGAAACUCCCGACUAUACAGAUUCGGACACAAACCCCAAUACUACCGCUAGCAGCGUAGCGGGGGACGCGCCAGCCGACGGGCGAAAGCGAAGGACAGACGCCCACAAUAUGCGCAAGACCAUAUACGGCAAGAAGCAUGACCGUUUGGGCGCAUCCAAGGAAGAUGACACCGUCCGAAGGUUCCGAUACUUGCUCGGUCUGACAGACCUGUUCCGCCAUUUCAUUGACACGAACCCCAACCCGCGCAUCAAAGAAGUCCUCGCCGAGAUCGAUCGCGAAGAUAUCGAGGAGGAGAAAAAGGCAAAGGCCAGCAAAUUGCGCAAAGGCGGCGCGGCUGCAGAACGUCGCCGCAAGACUGAGCAGGAAGAAGAUGCCGAAUUGGUGCGCGAAGAGAAGCAUGGCGGUCACAAUGAGACUGUGUUCCGAGAAUCACCAGGAUACGUCAAAGGCGGAACCAUGCGCGACUAUCAAGUUGCAGGUCUUAACUGGCUGAUUUCUCUCCAUGAGAACGGUAUCUCAGGCAUUCUGGCUGAUGAGAUGGGUCUCGGCAAAACGUUACAAACCAUCUCCUUCAUCGGCUACCUGCGCUUCAUAUGUGGCAUACACGGCCCGCACCUCGUCGUCGUCCCGAAAUCGACCUUGGACAACUGGAAGCGCGAGUUCGCCAAGUGGGUACCGGAGAUCGAAGUCUUGGUGUUGCAGGGUACCAAAGAUGAACGUGCAGAUAUCAUCAAGACCCGACUUCAAGACGAAAAGUUUGACGUUUGCAUCACUAGUUACGAGAUGAUUCUUCGCGAGCAGACCCACCUGAAGAAACUCGCAUGGCAGUACAUCAUUAUUGAUGAAGCACAUCGUAUCAAGAACGAGGAGUCGUCGCUAGCACAGAUCAUUCGUGUCUUCAACUCGCGCAACCGCCUGCUCAUUACGGGUACCCCACUCCAGAACAAUCUUCACGAGCUCUGGGCGCUGCUCAACUUCCUUCUACCGGAUGUUUUUGGUGACGCUGCCGCAUUUGAUGACUGGUUCUCGAGCCAAGAUUCGGACUCUGACACGGUCGUCCAGCAACUACACAAAGUCCUUCGGCCCUUCUUGUUGCGUCGUGUCAAGGCCGAUGUGGAGAAAUCGUUGCUACCAAAGAAGGAGAUCAACCUGUACAUUGGCAUGUCUGACAUGCAGGUGAACUGGUACAAGAAAAUCCUUGAAAAGGAUAUCGACGCUGUCAACGGAGCUGCUGGCAAGAAAGAGUCUAAGACACGGUUGCUCAACAUUGUGAUGCAGCUGCGAAAGUGUUGCAAUCAUCCUUAUUUGUUUGAAGGUGCUGAGCCUGGGCCUCCCUACACCACCGACGAACACCUUGUCAACAACGCGGCUAAGAUGGUGAUGCUGGAUAAACUCUUGAAACGUAUGAAGGCGCAGGGCAGCCGUGUGCUCAUCUUCUCUCAGAUGAGUCGCCUGCUGGAUAUUUUGGAGGACUACUCGGUCUUCCGCGAGUAUCAGUACUGCCGCAUUGAUGGAUCAACUGCCCAUGAGGAUCGCAUUGCAGCCAUCGAUGAUUACAACAAAGAGGGCUCGGAGAAAUUCCUGUUCCUGCUGACGACUCGCGCCGGUGGCUUGGGUAUCAACUUGACGUCCGCUGAUAUUGUUGUGCUCUUCGACAGCGACUGGAACCCCCAAGCUGACUUGCAGGCUAUGGACCGUGCUCACCGCAUCGGUCAAACCAAGCAGGUAUACGUCUACCGGUUUGUCACUGAGAAUGCCAUCGAGGAGAAGGUCCUGGAGCGUGCGGCACAAAAGCUGCGUCUCGAUCAGCUCGUCAUCCAACAAGGCCGCGCUCAACAACCAGUCAAGAAUGCCGCCGGCAAGGACGAGCUGCUCACCAUGAUUCAACACGGUGCCGAGAAGGUGUUCCAAUCGCAAGGUGCUAUUGGUGCCGCUUCUGGGGUCACUGAUGACGAUUUCGAAGAAAUAAUGAAGCGUGGCGAGGAGCGUACACAAGAACUUAACAACAAGUACGAGAAGCUAGGUCUCGACGAUCUGCAGAAGUUCACAUCGGACUCAGCAUACGAGUGGAACGGCGAAAAGUUCGAGCCUCGAAAGAAAGAGAUUGGCCUGAACUGGAUCAAUCCUUCGAAGCGUGAGCGCAAAGAGCAAUCAUACUCAAUGGACAAGUACUACCGACAGGCGCUUAUGACCGGCGGGAGAACCGAAGCAAAGGGGCCCAAAGUCCCUCGCGCGCCGAAGCAGGUCGUCAUCCAUGAUUAUCAAUUCUUCCCGGCAAAGCUUGCGGAUAUCCAAGAUAAGGAGACAGCUUGGUUCCGCAAGGAGAACAACAUCAAAGCACCGCUUCCAGAAGGAACCGAAGAGGAUCUGGAGACACGUGAGGCUGAUCAACAACUUGCGCAAGCAGAGAUCGACAAUGCCGAGCCUCUCACAGAGGAGGAGCUCGCCGAGAAAGAGCGCCUGAUCAACAAGGGGUUUCCUGAGUGGAACAAGCGUGACUUCCAACAGUUCUUGAACGGUUCAGCCAAGUAUGGGCGGACGAACUACGAGGGCAUCUCGGAAGAAGUUGACGGAAAGACAGCAGAUGAGAUCGCGGAGUAUGCUAAGGUGUUCUGGAAGAAGUACAAGGACCUCAACAACUGGCAGAAGCAUCUCAGUGUCAUCGAGGAAGGCGAAGACAAGGUGCGGUCGCAACAAGAGAGGAAGGCACUUGUGGCUAAGAAGGUCAACAUGUACCGAAUGCCUCUGCAGCAGAUGGUCAUCAAGUACACGGUCUCCACGACAAACAAAAAGGUGUAUACGGAAGAAGAAGACCGCUUCCUGCUCGUCAUGCUUCACAAGCACGGCGUAGAGGGUGAUACCAUUUUCGAGAAAAUUCGGGAGGACAUACGAGAAUCGCCCCUCUUCCGCUUCGACUGGUUCUUCCUCAGCCGGACCGCUCAAGAAAUUGGCCGGCGAUGCAAGACGCUUGUGGACUCCGUGCAGCGUGAGCUUGGGGAAGGCGACAUGAAGAAUGGCAAAGGCAAACGCGCGCUCGACGAGGAGGAGACUGAAGAGGAAGAGGAAGUUCCUGUGAAGAAGAAGGCCAAGAACGGCGUCAAGAACAAGCAGCUGGACACGGUCAAGGCUAAGGGCUCCCCUGCUUCAGCAUCUACGUCUCGGGCUACUAGUGUAGUAUCAAACGGCCCAGCACCGGCUAAGGGCAAGGGACGCGGAAAGAAGAAAUAGACUGCUCGACCAGGCUGCCUGUGGGUACGGUGUUGUGCAUCUCUAUGCAUUGCGGAGAGACUAUUUUCUGGCGUUUUGGUGUUGUGUGGCACGGGAGGACUACCAAGGCUCUUGUUCUGUUCACGGCAUGGUUGGCAUGGGAAGGGAGUCGUUGUUUGGGCAUAGAAAUCACUGCGCUUUUUGCGCAAGUCCUGGUAGCUUUCUAGGGAAUGCUACCCAGCC